UGCCCCACCCGCCGGCUCCCCUUCCCUGCGCCUUCCUGGGGAGAUGCUGCGCCCCGAAAAGGGCGCGUUUUCAUUAUUUUGACAUCGCGGCCUUUCGAGGCCAAAAUCGUUUAUUCCCAGGAUGUGAUGGAAAUUUUUGUUUGAUUCCAUCAGCUUUGCUGCUUCUCGUCCCGGGCGACGCCUCAGACUUGGGGGAGACGAUGAUUAGGGUGCAGGAGGUGAUGAGACCCGUCGCAGCUCCCCACCCAGCCAGGACCCAGGUGGUGGCGGCCGGUGGGGGUGCCUCCCGCUCACCUGUAUGAAGGACGCAGCCUCGGGACCCCAGUUCCUUGCCCGGCAGCAGGAGAGACCCCUCUGCUGGAGUGCGCGGGGCCACCAUGCCCCUGCCCGAGCCCAGCGAGCAGGAGGGCGAGCACGUGAAGGCCGGCCAGGAGCCGUCCCCCGAGCCCCCCGAGCCGGGCACAGAUGGCAUCCCUGCAGCCCCCACAAAGCCCAAGGAGUUCUCCAAACUGGUCCUGCUCAUGGCCUCCGGUGAGAGCAGCGAUGGGGUGGAUGCCCCACCCCAAGGAGUACCCUGCAUCGUGUCCCUGGAGAUGUCUGGCCCUGAUCCCCAGACCAGCACCCCCCGGGUCCCGCCGGCAGAGGAGCAGGGGCGGGCGCUCCAACCAAGCCCCCAGGCCCCUCAGCGGCCCCGUGGCCAGCCAGUCACAGCAGCCCCUGCGCCCCUGGAGUUCCUGAGGACGCCGUUCGGGGGCCGCCUCCUGGUGCUGCAAUCCUUCCUGUACAAGCAGGAGAAGGCCGUGGGGGACAAGGUGUACUGGAAGUGCCGCCAGCACCACGAGCUGGGCUGCCGCGGCCGGGCCAUCACCCGUGGGCCCAGGGCCACGGAAAUGCGCGGCCACUGCCACCCACCCGACGAGGAGGGGCUGGAGGCACGGCGCCAGAAGCAGAAGCUGCCCGGCCCAGCCCUGCCAGAUGGCUCGGGGGGCCCUGAGGACCCUGGAGGUCCAGUGCAGGAGCCGAUGGAGGGGGCGAGCCCGUGGCUGUGUCCCCAGGAGCCAGAGCCCGCCCCUGCAGGGCUGCCGGACAAGCGGGCCCCCGAGCAGGAGGGGUUCCGAGCCCUUUCGCUGCUGAGCCUGCCCCCCAAGAAACGCCCGACCUUGGGGUUCGCAGGGCCGCCGCCCCUGGAGUUCCUGCGCACCUGCUACGGCGGCCGCUUCCUGGUGCACCAGUCCUUCCUGUACAAGCGCGAGAAGGCGGUGGGCGACAAGGUGUACUGGACCUGCCGCGACCACGCGCUGCACGGCUGCCGCAGCCGGGCCAUCACGCAGGGCCCGCGCGUGACCGUGAUGCGCGGCCACUGCCACCCGCCCGACGUGGAGGGCCUGGCGGCGCGCCGGCAGCAGGAGAAGGCCCUGGGCAGGCCGCGGGCCGGGCCGGACGGCGCCGGUGGCCGAGCGGACAGGACGCCCCCCGGCGCGGGCAGCCCGCUGGGCCGCGGGGGGCCCGGCCCGCCGACUCCCUGCAGGCCGCGGCCCCGGAGGCGCGCCAAGGCCGAAGACCGGCCCCCAGCUCUGCAGGGGCCGCCCGCCGAGGACCAGGACGAGGACCUGGGGGGCCCCGAGUUCCUGCGGACCCCGCUGGGGGGCAGCUUCCUGGUGCACGAGUCCUUCCUGUACCGGCGCGAGAAGGCGGCGCGCGACAAGGUGUACUGGACCUGCCGCGACCAGGCGCGCAUGGGCUGCCGCAGCCGGGCCAUCACGCAGGGCCCGCGCGUGACCGUGAUGCGCGGCCACUGCCACCCGCCCGACCUGGGGGGCCUGGCGGCGCUGCGGCAGCGCGAGCAGCGUCCCGGGGCGGCUCCGCGCGGAGGCCCAGGAGGCCCCGAGUUCCUGCGGACCCCGCUGGGGGGCAGCUUCCUGGUGCACGAGUCCUUCCUGUACCGGCGCGAGAAGGCGGCGGGGGACAAGGUGUACUGGACCUGCCGGGACCAGGCGCGCAUGGGCUGCCGCAGCCGGGCCAUCACGCAGGGCCAGCGGGUGGCCGUGAUGCGCAGGCACUGCCACCCGCCCGACCUGGGGGGCCUGGAGGCGCUGCGGCAGCGCGAGCAGCUCCCCGGCUCUGCCCAGAGGGAGGACGCAGGGACCCCACAGCCCCUGGAGUUCCUCAGGACUUCCCUCGGGGGCCGCUUCCUGGUGCACGAGUCCUUCCUGUACAGGAAGGAGAAGGCGGCGGGGGACAAGGUGUACUGGAUGUGCCGGGACCAGGCGCGCAUGGGCUGCCGCAGCCGGGCCAUCACGCAGGGCCAGCGGGUGACCGUGAUGCGGGGCCACUGCCACCCGCCCGACCUGGGGGGCCUGGAGGCGCUGCGGCAGCGCGAGCAGCUCCCCAGCGCGGCCCAGCAGGAGGACCCAGAAAAGACAAAACUUCUGCCUGAAGGUCAACUGUGCCACGAGACUUGCUCUCCCGAAAGCCAGACCUGCGGGAUGGUCAAAGAGGUGAAGCCGGAGAGCGAGGGCCCAUGAGACUCUUCUUGGCCUGUCGGAGGGGACCCCUGUGCUGCCACGGACGCCCCUCGUCCACCAGGCCCCCGGCGCUUCCACCGUUAGUUUCUUGUCACAGACUUUCUUCCACUCUGUCCGCGCCUCACAGGCCCGCUGGGCGCUCUCGGGAGGAAGGCGAGGAUGGCGUCUUCGCGGGCUGGCGGCCAGGCUGUGGGGAAGCCUCCUGCUCGGAAUGAUCUGGAGAGGCGCCUCUGACAACACCCUCCCCCGCCCCGCGCUCCCUGGCCGCAAACAACCCGGUUUCUAGAGCACGUGACUGCCCAGGACUGCCCAGCUGAGCUGCCCACACAUCUCCCCAGGGGCCUCUGACAGGAGCCAGGUGGGCCUUGGCUCAGCACCUGCUGCUGGGCGCUGCGGCCCCCGGGGUCUCGGGCAGGAAGCGGAGGCUCCCUGCUCCGGCUCUCUCUCCUUUGCUGACUUAAAACCGAGCCUCAGGCCUGGCAGGCGCCAGGCCUGGCAGCAGGGGCCAUCCGGCUUGUCCGCAGUGGCUGGUGUGGGCAGACCCUCCCUGCCGAGCCCAGCGUGUCCGGUUUGUCUGAAGCAGGAAGAGGCCGAGGGCCUGACGGCCACAGGGGCACAGCCCUCGGGCAGAGCCGGCCUGGCAGGUCUGGAAGGGGUGGCUUGGGCCUGCCGGCCUGUCCCAGGUCGGGCCCCCCAGGACCUCGGGCGCGUGGCUGUGGCUCUCUCCUGCAAGGUGGCCACAGCGCCUGUCACCAGCUACGGGACAGUGCCGCUGGGGUGCCCCGUAUCCCCUGCUUACGCAUUUCCCCAAUAAACCCUAUUUUACUUAGAUCUCCUGGGCAGAGCUGCUGUGUGUCCACAGCCCCUUGGCAGAAACAGCGGCCAGAACGGGGUCACCAGCAUCUCAGUGCACCUGAUUGGUGCUGGGGUUCAGCAGUGCCCCCA